UUUUUGGGUUAAUGAAUUGAUAAUGUUUUCAAUGCAAGUCAUUGUUCGUCAGUGUGUCACAAUAUUAUUUAUGAAAAUGAAGGCGCGUGACACCAACGAAUUUUGAACAGUAGCUGUUCAUGGCUUCAGUAGAGACAGAGCCCCUCUAUUUAACAACAACUCACUCCUUGAUUGGCUUAUUUGACGUCUGACUAAAAAAAAAUGGAUCGGCUAUGAUAAAGGACGAAUCAAUGAUAGUGAGGGGAAGAUAUAAAAGCAGGAAAAAUGGGUAUAAACUGCACAAAAGCGUCGAAAGUGAAACCUCAACAGCAGCAGCAAAAUCAACAAGUAGAAAGUAGGGCAACUACAGUUGAUUCAGUGCCUGCAAAGGCAUCUGUUGCUGAGAAAAUGUCAGUAGAUACAAAGAAAGAUGCCCCUCAAGAUAAUUCCAUUCCAACAUUGGCAGAUGGAGAAAUUGAUAAGCAAAUUUCAGUUGAAGAAUACAAAUUAUGCUUGACUGAAGAUUUAAAAGAAAAUGAAAUGAAAGUGUUUGAAGCUGGAGAAAAGCAAAUAUUAGUUGUGAAAGAAAAUGGAAAUGUGUAUGCGAUGGGUGCUAAAUGCACUCACUUUGGUGCCCCAUUAAGUUCAGGCAUUUUUUGCAAAGGAAAAGUUUAUUGUCCUUGGCAUGGUGCUUGUUUUAAUUCUAAAACAGGUGACAUUGAAGAAUUCCCAGCCUUAGAUCCUAUUCCUGUGUACACUGUUAAUGUUGAUCCAAAUACUAAUGAAGUUAAAGUCAAAAUCAAUAACAAAACUAGCAAUGAAUCAACUCAUAAGCCACUCUGCAAGACCUCUAAAGACAGCAAUGAAGUUGUAUUAAUUAUUGGAUCAGGUGCUGCUGGUCAUAGUUGUGCUGAGACCCUGAGACAAGAAGGAUUCACAGGACGAGUAAUUAUCGUGACCAAGGAUGAACAUCUCCCUUACGACCGCACAAAAUUGAGCAAGGCUAUGAAUUUAGAAGCAAAACUUCUGUCUUUGAGAUCAAAUGAGUAUUAUUCGAAAGGCGACAUCAAAUUUAUGUUCGAGAACAGCGUUGAAGGUGUUGAUGUGGAAGCUAAGUCUGUGCUUCUCAGCAAUGGUGUCAUCUUAAAUUAUUCUUCGUUGGUAGUUGCAACGGGAGGCAGGCCAAGACCAGUCCCCUGUCCAGGAACCCAUCUAGCGAAUGUAUUUCUACUUCGGACACCCAACGAUGCAAACCGUAUACAUACAAUUGCCAACAACAAAGAGAUUUCCGUCGUGAUUGUCGGAACUUCUUUUAUCGGAAUGGAGGUAGCCGCAUAUCUAGUUGACAAGGCCGCUUCCGUCACGGUAGUUGGACGGAGUUCCACUCCAUUUGCCCACGUUUUUGGAUCUCUAAUUGGCAGAAGACUACAACAAUUGCAUGAGGAGAAGGGCGUUAAAUUUAUUAUGGAUUCCGAAGUGGGUGAACUGCUCGGAGACGAGGAGGGCAAGUUAACGGAAGUGAUCCUGACAUGUGGCCGCACUUUAAAAGCGGACAUUCUAGUUGCUGGACUAGGAGUUUUACCCAGCACCGAAUUCUUGCGAGACUCUGAAAUUGUCCUCGAUAGUAGAGGUUUCGUACCAGUGGACGAGCAUAUGAGAACCAACUGCAGGGAUGUUUACGCUGUAGGAGACAUUGCUUCGUUUCCUUUGCAUGCAAAAGAAGAAAAUGAAACCAGAAAACUUGUAAAUAUCGGGCACUGGCAAAUGGCGCUUCAUCACGGCCGUACUGCAGCUCUUACUAUUAUGGGACGAUCGGAACCAAUCUACAAAACAACUGUUCCAUUUUUUUGGUCUUCUAUGUUUGGGAAAAGCGUACGUUACUGUGGCUACGCUCCACAGUUUGAUGAUGUUGUAAUCCAUGGCGACCUAGAGAACCUUAAAUUCGUUGCAUUCCUCUGUGAGCAAGAAAAUGUUCUUGCUAUUGUCACUCUCAACUAUGAUCCCCUAGCAAUUCAGUUUGCUGCUUUGUUAAGAGAAGGGAAGACACUGCUUAAGCAGGAUAUUUCUGAAGAUCCUAAAGGCUGGACCACCAAACUUCAAGACUUAUAAAUCAAAUUGGUUGGAUGGACAAAUUUAAUUUGUUUUUGCUGUUUCAUUCACCAACACAAAGGAACACAAAUCUGAUUUUUACUGUUUUAAUUCACUAAAUACAAAAGAACAUUAACUGUUA